AUGGCAAGAUUACCGAUUGAAAGUAUCUAUUUUGAGUUAUUUCAAGAUGAUCUUGAAAACAUCGAUCAAGAAUUUCUCCAAUCAGUUGUUUCGAUUUUCACUACAUAUGUAUAUGGUGAAAAAAUAUGCUCAUGGUUAUCGUUGAAACAUGAUAGGAGCAAACCACAACGGAUAUCUUGUCUUGAUGAUAUGAAAAUUGUUCAAGUAGAUUAUGGACGUAAUUUUGUUGCCAUUCUAACUGAUAAUGGACAAGUAUUUAUAGCCAGCGAUGUUAAAUCUAAAUGGGAAACGAAUGAAACAUUACGAUUGAUCUCCACUGAUAAUGAUUGUUUCAAGAUGAUUGCUUGUGGAAGGGGGCAUUUAUUAAUGCUACGACAAGAUGGUCAUGUUUUCGCAAUGGGUUAUAAUAGUUAUGGUCAAAUAACUAGUAAUGAAAAAUCAUCAUUUGAAAGUAUGAUCCACAUUGAUAGACUAAAAAAUGUCGAGCUCAUAGCUUGUGGAGCGGUUCAUAGUUUUUCAAUAACUAAUAAAGGCGAAAUUUAUUCCUGGAAAUGUAAUGAUUUUGGUCAACUAGGUCUUGGUGAUGGAAAAAACCGAAACACCCCAUGUCUUGUUCCAUUUCCAAAUGAUAAUUCAACACGAAUCAAAGAUAUUGCGGCUGGCGACCAACAUUCAUUAUUUUUAUUCGAAAAUGGUCAGCUUUGGGGAUGUGGUUCUAAUAAAUAUGGUGAACUUGGUCUUGGUGAUUAUUUUAAACGAUCGACGUUGACAAAAAUACCGAUUGAAAAUGUACAACAAAUUAAAUGUUCAAAAUUCCAUUCAUUUUCAUUGGCAUAUGAUGGAUCAUCGUACUAUGCAUGGGGCAAAAAUGGCAGCUGGUCAUCACCUAAAAAAUUGGAUUAUCAUCCGACAUCAUUUGCUUCUGCAUCGACAAUGAUUCUAUCCACACCAAUCACAUUUGGUCUCACAUCAACAAUCCAUGAAUUCGGAUCACAUGAUUCAAUAUCGUACCAAUUAAAAUUAAUCACUCAAUUAUUUGAUAAUCAAGAUAAUUAUGAUGUGAAAUUCAUAAUUGACAAAAAACAUAUUAAGGCAUGCAAAUGUAAUCUAAAAUCUGCAUCGGAAUAUUAUGAUCGAAUGUUUUCCGGAAAUUGGAGUGAAAAUGACCAAGUGAUCAUUACCGAUUAUUCCUAUGAAACAUACUAUGCAUAUCUAUGGAUGUUACAUACUGGAAAAAUUCAUAUUAAUCGUCAAAACAUAACCGAACUUGUUGAUCUGGCCAAUUGUUAUGGUGAUGAAAGGUUGAUGAAAUAUUGUCAAACAUUCAUACAAAAUGAUCUAAAUGAACAAACUAUGUCCACGUAUUUUUCAUUAAUUGAAAAAUACGAAAUGAAAAAAUUGUACGAUAAACUCAAUUAUCUUAUUAUCGAACAAGUGUUACCGAAAGUUACCGACAAUAUUCGGCAAAACAAUGAAAAUUCUAUUGAAUUUCUCAAUUGGUACAAUCAUUCAACUACUCAUUCAAAAUAAUUCAUUGUUUUUUUUUCA